UUUUUAUUUUGCAUCCUGCAUACAUUUCUGGCCUGGACUGAGAGCCUGGGCGGCGGCUGGGGGCGGCGCGAGGGCAGUAGGCGGCCCCAUAGGCCCCUGGCGGCAGAGAAUGGUGGCCAGCGGCCAGCCCCGCCCUGUCCCCACCUGUGUGUGCUCAGCGGCCUGUCUCGAGGGAUAAAAGGUCGCAGUCUGCCUGGGGUCAGCUAGUUCCCUCUGCUCCUUGCUCGCUCUGUCUAGCCAGCUACGUCCAGCCGCUAUGUCCAUCCACUUCAGUUCUAGAACCACUGCCUUCCCCGGCCGUGGUGCCCAAAUGCGCCUGAGUUCGGGUCGUGCUGGUGGCUUCAGCAGCAGCAGCCUCUAUGGCCUGGGCACCUCUAGGCCACGCGUGGCCGUGCGCUCCGCUUAUGGGAGCCCGGUGGGCGCUGGCAUCCGUGAGAUCACCAUCAAUCAGAGCUUGCUGGCACCGCUGAGGGUGGAUAUCGACCCUACCAUCCAGCAGGUGCGCCAGGAGGAACGUGAGCAGAUCAAGACCCUCAAUAACAAAUUCGCCUCCUUCAUCGACAAGGUGCGCUUCCUGGAGCAGCAGAACAAGAUGCUGGAGACCAAGUGGGCACUGCUGCAGGAGCAGAAGUCCACCAAGGGCAACCGGCUUCCCCGGAUCUUUGAGGCCCAGAUUGCAGGGCUGCGACAGCAGCUUGAGGCACUGCAGCUGGACGGGGGCCGCCUGGAGGUGGAACUGCGAAGCGUGCAGGACGUGGUGGAAGAUUUCAAGAAUAAGUAUGAAGAGGAAAUCAACAGGCGCACAGCUGCGGAGAAUGAGUUUGUGUUGCUGAAGAAGGAUGUGGAUGCCGCCUACAUGAACAAGGUGGAGUUGGAGGCCAAGGUAGAUAGUCUGAAUGAUGAGAUCAGCUUUCUCAAGACCCUUAAUGAGACGGAGUUAGCAGAGCUGCAGUCCCAGAUCUCAGACACAUCCGUGGUACUGUCCAUGGACAACAGCCGCUCCCUGGAUUUGGAUGGUAUCAUUGCCGAUGUCAAGGCCCAGUAUGAGGAGAUGGCUAACCAUAGCCGGGCUGAGGCUGAAGCCUGGUACCAGACCAAGUUUGAGACCCUCCAAGCACAGGCUGGGAAGCAUGGAGAUGACCUGCGCAAUACCCGGAAUGAGAUUUCGGAGAUGAACCGCAACAUCCAGAGGCUGCAGGCCGAGAUUGACAACAUGAAGAACCAG